AGCGGACGCCCCGGAGCCCGGCCAUGAUGCUGCGUCUGGCUGCUUUUGCAGCGCUGCUGCUGUUCUUCAGGGUCAGUCUGGAGCUGUCCUGGGCCCAGGCCAUCCCCGCUCUCUUCAUCUUCUACCUGGGAUCCGGCGGAUGGGACUUCUUCCUCAUAUUCAUCAAGACAAUACGAAGGGAUGUCACCACGGGGCUGGUCCUGUUGCGGGUGAAGUGCCAGGUAUGGAGGCACGUGAGGGAGAAGAACACAAUCGCCAAGAUCUUCCAGAAGACCGCGAGCAAGUAUCCAGAGAAGACAGCGCUGAUCUUCCAAGGCACGGGCGAGAGCUGGACCUUCCAGCAGCUGGAUGAGUACUCCAACCGGGUGGCCAAUUUUUUCCACGGCCAAGGCUUCCGCUCUGGUGACGUGGUGGCUCUUUUCAUGGAGUCCCGCAAUCAGUACGUGGGGCUGUGGCUCGGCUUGGCCAAGAUUGGGGUGGAGACCGCCCUCGUGAAUUCCCACCUGCGCAUGGAGGCCUUGCUGCACUGCAUCACCAUCUCCAACUCCAAGGCUGUGGUUUUUGGGGUGGAGAUGAUGGAAGCAAUGCAGGAAGUGCAGCCCUCCCUGGAGAAAUCUAUCCAUCUCUUCUGGUCCGGGGAAGGAAGCCCCGAGUCCGUGCUUCCUGGUGCAAAACACCUGGACCCCCUCCUGCAGAUGGCCCAGCGGCACCAGCCAGCCCCCCCUGAUAAGGGCUUUCUUGAUAAACUCUUCUACAUCUACACCUCUGGCACGACGGGGCUGCCCAAGGCUGCCAUUGUGGUGAACUGCCGGUACUUCCGCAUGUCCAGCUUAGUUUUUUACGGUUUUCGCAUGAGGCCUGACGAUGUGAUGUACAACUGCCUCCCGCUCUACCAUGCUGCAGGGAACAUCGUGGGGGUCGGGCAGUGCCUGCUGCAGGGCAUGACGAUUGUCAUCCGCAAGAAGUUCUCGGCCUCGCACUUUUGGGAGGACUGCGUGAAAUACAACUGCACGAUUGUGCAGUACAUCGGGGAGAUCUGCCGCUAUUUGCUGAACCAGCCGUACCAGGAGGUGGAGCGGCAGCACCGGGUGCGCAUGGCGCUGGGCAACGGGCUGCGUGCCUCCAUCUGGCGGGAGUUCAUGGCCCGCUUCAGCAUCGCCCAGGUGGCCGAGUUCUACGGGGCCACCGAGUGCAACUGCAGCCUGGGAAACUUUGAUAACAACGUUGGGUCGUGCGGCUUCAACAGCAGGAUCCUACCAGGUGUGUACCCCAUCGGCUUGGUGAAGGUGGAUGAAGACACCAUGGAGCUGAUCCGGGGGCCGGAUGGUGUCUGUAUCUGCUGCAAACCAGGGGAGCCAGGGCAGCUGGUGGGCCGCAUUGUCAAGAGCAACCCCUUGCAGCACUUUGACGGCUACCUGAAUCAAUCAGCCACCAACAAGAAAAUCGCCAGGGAUGUGUUUACAAAAGGGGACAGUGCCUAUCUCACAGGGGAUGUCCUGGUGAUGGACAAAUAUGGCUACAUGUACUUCCGGGACCGCACCGGGGACACGUUCCGCUGGAAGGGGGAGAAUGUCUCCACCACAGAGGUGGAAGGGACGCUGAGCCGCAUCCUCAACCUGAUGGACGUGGUGGUUUAUGGGGUGGAGAUCCCAGGGAUUGAAGGGAAGGCAGGAAUGGCAGCCAUCGCUGACCCAGAGAACUCCUGUGACCUAGAAAGCUUUGCUAGCGAGCUGAAAAAGGCCCUGCCGCUGUAUGCACGUCCCGUCUUCCUGCGGUUCCUGGACGAAGUCUCCAAGACAAGCACUUACAAGUUCCAGAAGAUGGAGCUGCGGAAGCAGGGCUUCGACCCCACGCUGGUGAAGGACAGGUUGUAUUUCCUGGACUCCAGGCAAGGCUGCUACCUGCCGCUGGACCAGGCAGCGUUCAGCAGGAUCCAAUCGGGACAGCAGAAGCUGUAACUGGUGGGGGUCAAGCAAGGCACCUCUCCGAAUCCUGCUGGGGAAAGGGGGGCAAGGCAGGCACUGGGGAGGAAAAGGUUCAAGGAGCGAUAUAAAGGCACACUAGAGAUUUUAUUUGAUGAGUUUUACAGAUAAUGGUUUG